AUGGUGAAGGCAGUGUUGUUAAGUGAUUUGGCGGCGCAGUCCAGGAAACGGAGGAGUCGCAACGAUGCGGGAGAUGCAGACCAGGGGUCCUCUGAUUCAGAGAUCGAUAUCAGCAGUACGGACUCUGAGACAAACGGGGACGGUGACGGUGACGGUGACAGGGACUCCGGCGAUGAUAUUGUCAACAUUGACUUUGAUUUCUACAAUGCAAAUCCGGAGGUCGACUUCCACGCGUUGAAGAACUUGUCCCGGCAGUUGUUCGGGUUGCAAGAGAGUAACAGGAUCCAGUUGAGCGCACUGGCACACAUGAUGCUGGACUCGCCGAUGACGACGAUUAAGACAGACGGGGAGCAGUCGGACCCGUACUGCUUCCUAGCCGUGGUGGACUACGCUGCGAACAAGAACUCUGACUACGCGUCGUACUUGAAGAAAGUGGACCCGAAGCUUGCUGCGUUCUUCCAAGCCGUGGAAAACAACGGGAAGAGUUGUGCGCUUGUACUGAGCGAGAGACUCAUCAACAUGCCCCCCGAGGUUGUCCCACCUAUGUACCGUAUCACACUGGAGGACGUCAGCAGCGCGUUGGGCGGCGAGGACAAGCACUACGAUUUCUACGUCAUCGCCAGCAGGAAGUACGAGGUCAACUUCGACAUGGAUGACGACGAGAACGACGAGGGUGCCACAGGGAGAUCCAAGAAGAGGGUCAAGAACGACGAGAUCGAUUUCUUCCACGAGGAGGACAGGUUCUUCGAGCCUCUUGCCGAUCUGUACGUCGAGAGACCCGUGGCCAAGGGCGUCAUCCCAACUUUCACCGUUCUGAGUCACAGCGCCCUGCUGAAGGGGGUAGACUCUUUGGAGACAGAAAUGUCCCAGUGGUAG